AUGAAACUUUCCUCUCCUUCUCUAGGGAUCCUGAAACUCCGCCGCAUCUGGAACCUGAAGUUGAUGCGUUGGACCCCUGCAGCUGCAGACGUCUGCUUCACCAAGGAGCUACAUUCACACUUCUUCAGCAUGGGCAAGUGUGUGCCCGUGUGCCGAGGAGAUGGUGUCUACCAAAAGGGAAUGGAUUUCAUUUUGGAGAAGCUCAACCAUGGAGACUGGGUGCAUAUCUUCCCAGAAGGGAAAGUGAACAUGAGUUCUGAGUUCCUGCGCUUCAAAUGGGGAAUUGGACGCCUGAUUGCAGAGUGUCAUCUCAACCCCAUCAUUCUGCCGCUGUGGCAUGUUGGAAUGAACCAUGUCCUUCCUAAUAGCCCACCCUACUUCCCCCGUUUUGGACAGAAAAUCACCGUGCUGAUUGGGAAGCCCUUCAGUGCCCUGCCCAGGCUCGAGCAGCUCCGGGCAGAGAACAAGGCAGCUGUGGAGAUGUGCAAAGUCCUGACUGACUUCAUUCAGGAGGAAUCCCAGCGCCUGAAGACCCAGGCUGAGCAGCUCCACAGCCACCUGCAGCCUGGGAGAUAGGCACCACCCUGCCCAGACCCUGUCCUUGCUUCCUUUCAGAAGAGGGCAGCCAGCCCCUGAGGCCCGGGGAAGAGGCAGUCCUGGGACCCAAGCCCCAACUGCUGGGCUCUCAGCACCAUCCUUGGGCUCUUGCCUGGCACAGAGAUGGGGCUGGGGGAUGAACUCGUGCUCUGAGCUCAGCUCUGGUUUUGUGGACAGAUUUGUUCGUAACCCUUCACGGGUACCCUCUCCUAGAUGGUGAGCAUUCAGCUCCUCUCGUUCUUCACUUGAAGGAAGGCUCUCAGCUACUCCUCCCAC